AUGAAGGUCCAAACAGCGACAUUCGUCGCUUCUUCGGUCUCAGCCAUCACAUUAGCAGCAUGUUUACUGGCUAUGUUUUCCAUCUAUUCUGAUGUUGCUAGCCUUUGGACCGAAUUGGAGGAGGAACUUGGCAGUUUCAGGAUCACAACGGACGACCUUUGGAAAGACAUAAUGAGCAUUGGAACCACAAGACGAGUUCGUCGCCAAUACGAACACUCAGACAAACCUGAGCCCCACAGUGGCGGAUCAUCUCCUUCAAUCCCUUCAGGUAGUCCUCCAGCUACUCCACCAGUGGUAGCUCACAGUCCAGGAAUCAGCAAUGUCGGUGACAACUGCCAGUGUAAUGCUGACAACAAAUGUCCUCCAGGACCUCCAGGACCAAAAGGAUCCCCUGGAACUCGAGGUCCCGAUGGAGUCCCUGGACAAGAUGGCAAACCUGGUGUUGAUGCCGACGAUGUUGCUCCACAGCGCGACAUAAAAGGCUGCUUUUAUUGCCCAAUGGGACCUCCAGGUCCACCAGGGGCACUCGGUCGCCCUGGACCAAGAGGCCUUGCUGGGCCCAAAGGCCACGAUGGAAAUCCCGGCAGAGAUGGAAUGCCCGGUAAUCCUGGAGAACAAGGUUCACCCGGUCCAAUCGGGAAAAUUGGUGAACCAGGACCACCAGGAGAGAAAGGCCGCGAUGCAGAACACCCAGUCGGUCGUCCAGGAGCAAAAGGUCCUCGAGGAGAUCCAGGAUUACCUGGUCCACCUGGGCCCAACGGACUUAAUGGACCUCCUGGCGAACCAGGACCUGUGGGACCACCAGGGCCAAUGGGAAGCAUGGGACCACAAGGUCCUGACGGAGAACCGGGAGAGGAAGGUCCAGAUGGGCGACCAGGAAAGGACGCUGAAUAUUGUCCAUGUCCCGAUCGCGCUGCUGAUGCCGCUGUCCAGAAUGGAUACAGAGGCCUUUGA